AAGAUUGUACUCCACAUCUGCGGGUUCUAUAAUUUGGUUGUAAUGUCAGUGGGCUCUCAGAUGUUGUGCUGUGAGAAAGUAGGUUAGAUCAGCCGGCACAUGAAGUUGGCCGGCUGACAAGUUCUCUCUGGAUUUUCUCACUGUUGGAAUGUUGUUUUUUUUCCCCCGAAAUGUAUCACAUUUACGAAAAUCCUGUCAGGAACAGUGUCGGGCAUCUUUUCUUGGAGGAUUUACCUGAAGGGAUCAGAACCACAUGAGGACAGCAGACCUGCACAGCUGACAUCACCUACAGUCUGAGGUACGCAGGCAGCGGCUUGAUGCGCGCUGGUCUCGCUUGUUCGUGUGGAUGUUUGCAUGCAGAGCUCGGGCUGUGACACGGCCUGAUGCUCGCUUCUGCUCCAGCAGGAUCACCUCCACCUCCUCUUCCUCACUUCUAGCCUAUUCUGUAGAAAAUCCCUCGGUGGAUGCUGCCUCGCCUGGUUUGAAAGAGCUGCCAGCUUUGGCUGUUUCUCUCUUUUGCCUCGCACCUUUCUCAAGUCUAUAUGAUAUUAGAUUAUUAUGUGUGUCCUACUUUAUGUCUGAUUCUGUUUUUACCUCCAUCCCUCGUCUGUAUGCGCUGAUGUUUCCCAGAAAGCCAGCCUCGGUAGCCUCCACCUUACUGUGGCCUGCCUUGCGUGGGAUGCUGGAGAGUGGGAGCGCAAAAGUGGAGAGUUUUUGAUGCCACUCGGCAAAAGUAAGAAGUGUGGCGUAGUCGAUCAUGGGGGAUUCAUUCUUCAACUGCUGUUAUGUCCCACCCAAUCCCCCAGGAGAGGGGGAGCCCGCCAGGUCCAGACGCUCAGAGAUCAUGGCCUCCCAGUCCACUCACAUCCCCAACGACCGGCGCUUCCUCAUCUUCUUUGACUUCGAUGAGACCAUCGUGGAUGAAACCAGCGACGACAUGGUGGUGCAGACCGCCCCGGGUCAGCACCUGCCGACCUGGCUGAAGGACACCUACCAGCCGGGCCGCUACAACGAGUACAUGCAGCGCGUCCUGGCCUACCUGGCGGAGCAGGGCGUCACCGAGAGCGACAUCCGCAACGUGAUGGAGAAGCUGCCCGCCACCCCCGGCAUGCUCACCCUCUUCCAGUUCCUCCGCACCCGGCCCCAGCAGGACUUCGAGGUGGUGCUGCUGUCCGACGCCAACACCUUCUUCAUCGAGUCCUGGCUCCGGCGCGCAGGGGCCCGCCAACUCUUCCACCGCAUCUUCACCAACCCGGCCACCUUCAACAGAGACGGCCGCCUGGUGAUGCGGCCCUUCCACUCCCACGACUGCCAGCGGUGCCCGGACAACAUGUGCAAGCAGGUGGUCGUCAGGGAGUACGUGGCCCGCAGGACGCAGGAGAGGGGCCGCCCCUACCAGCGGGUCUUCUACGUCGGGGACGGAGCCAACGACUUCUGCCCGGCGCUCGCCCUCGGACCCCGGGACGUGGCGUUCCCGCGGCGGGACUUCCCCAUGCACCGGCUGAUCACGGAGACCCAUGAAGCCAUGCCCGGGGAGUUCAAGGCGGUCACGGUCCCGUGGGCCACCGCGGAGGAUGUGGUGCAGCGGCUGAGGAAGCUGGUGGUGGAGUAGAGAGGGAGGCAGGAGGUUAAAGGGCCAGUUGACACUUUUUAAACCAUAAUCUCAGGUGAAAUAGUCCCAGAAACUAAUGUUCGAGGCAAUCAAAUCCUUUGUACUGUGUUAAAAUACAUUAAAGUGUGUCUAUCUGGUGUCCAGCCUCAGUGCCAGAGGUCACUCUCAGACAGAGGCCCAGGUUAAUGAUUCUGCCACUGUCUCAGAUUCGGUGCUUUGUUUUUUGAGGACAUACAUUUUAAAGUUUAAGGGCAUUUGCCAAAUACAGAUAUCCUUUAAAUGGGUCAUGUGUUGCUUUGAACUGUGGGGAAUCUAUGUGAAUUUCAACAGCAAUAUAGUAAAACAAAAACAAAAAAAAAAUGUGACUGGUUGCUCUUGUAUAACAAUUAUAAGUGUGUUUUCUUCUAAACGGCAAUUUUAAAAAUGUAAUAGAUAUUAAAGUAUAAUCUCUCUAGAUGAAAUCAGAGAAACACUGCCGUCUGAUACCAGCAGAUUUGUGUCAAUGUGCCUGUCAGAGAAAAUGUGUCUUAUUUACAAAUGUAUGUUGCUGAUCUGUCUGACUUGUUUAUGAGUCUGUCGUGUCUUCACUGUGUGGGCCAGGCCUACUGAAAGAAACACAAACACCAGCAGGAAUAAAGCCAUCAACUGAAA